GCGGUUGUUUGAUUGUUCUGCUGAGAAUCAUCAUAUAUAUUUAUCGUAUUAUUGAUGCUCCUAUUUAUAGGAAAGACUGCUUGAAAUGCAUUCUUGUUGUGCACAUUACGCAAAGUCCAGAUUCGAUACCUGAUCUGAGCUCAUGUGUCAUCAGGUUUCUUCGCUCCGAGCCAGAUGAUGGCAUAGCUGCUGAAGUAGAGAAGGUGUUGCACUCGAAACAGGUGGAGACACCAGCUCUUCCCGUUCCUCUGUUCCUGUGGCCGAAGCAAUCCAUGAUUCCUCCCACAGUCCCACUCCCAGAAAUCUCACCUGAAAGUUAUUCCUUUUCCCUCGUUCCCAACACUUUGGCAGUAAGAUUAGAAUCCAAAUGUUCUUGAUAAGGACCCGCAUCGCCAUGCCCGGCCAUCAGCAGCAGCCGUCGAAGCACACGUGGAAGACAUGCCGCGGAUCAUUUACGAUUCUGAUUCCAACGAGCAGCCCAAAUCCACUACCAGGCGAAGAAGACCCCUUCACGAUCUUCUUGGCGGAGAAAAAGUUGCUGACAUCUUGCUGUGGAGGAACAAGUACUUGUCGGCAGGAGUCCUCGCCGGGGCCACAGUCAUCUGGUUCCUGUUUGAGGUGGCUGAGUACCAUUUCCUCACGCUGCUGUGCCACAUCUCCAUCACAACCAUGCUCGUCGUGUUCAUCUGGUCGAAUGUUGCAGCUCUGAUGGACCGAUAUCCUCCAAGAAUCCCCAAGGUCAUUUUAUCAGAGGAUGCUUUUAGGAAAUUCUCAUUGUCCUUCCAUGCCAAACUUACUAGAGGCAUCUCCGUCCUCCAUGACAUUGCAAGCGGAAAAGAUCUCAAGCUGUUUCUCUUGGCAAUUGCAUCGCUUUGGGUGGUUUCCAUAGUGGGAAGCUGCUGCAGCUCCUUGAGCCUCUUAUAUCUUGGUCUUCUGUGCAUCCACACGCUGCCAGCGCUGUACGAGCGGUACGAGGACGAAGUCAAUCAUCUGGCUGUGAGAGGAAGCCAUGACCUCCAUACAUUCUACAGGAAGCUGGACUCUACAGUCCUCAACAGGAUCCCGAGAGGCCCUAUCAAGAAGAUGAGAUGAUCUGCUGCUGGACUGCAAACCAUCUGGUUGAAGAUAUGUGGCCAUGAACAUGAUGUCGAAGAUUCCAUUUACUGAUUGAAUUCCAGUGUAGCAUCCAAUUCAAAAAAGCAUAAAGAACAAGAUUUGGUGGUUGAAUUAAAAUGUGAUACUAUGAAUCUGUGAGUUCAUUGUUUUCAUGUAUGUAUAAUGUGAACAACAUGUGUAUAUGAAUAAAACACUAAAAUUGUUCAA